UUCCUGCAUUUGGUCUGUAGAGUUAAGGCUUAAACAUACGCACAUACUAUCUGGCGAGAUUGUGAGAUCUGACUUCACUCAACAGGACACGGCCACAAAGCAGACACAGAUUGUGUGCAGAGCCAGAAUAGCAUGUUUACCAUGUUAGUUGGUACACCAAAACCCAAGCAUGGGUUUCACUUUCCCCGGCAGGCCAAUAAGAAAUGAAACCACCCUUCCCUCUGGUGAUCGCCGCUAAAUAACCUACAAUUCCUCCUGCUGUGCACCAUAGGCACAUUACACUAUUUCUAGGGAACAUCUUCUUGGAAAUCUUAAAAGAUGUCUGCCACAUUGUAACAAACACUAAUCAGUCAACUCUUAUCAAAUAGGAUAAUAAAAUAGAUCGGUAGAUCUGGAUGUGUGUGGUUAGUGACAAUAAAGGGAAGUGAUGCUGCCUAAUUAUACACACGUUGGUCUAACCCAGCCACCUGUUACUUUCAUUGCAUAACUGUAGCUAAUGACUGAUCAUCAAUGUUACACUUCUUUCAGUGCCCAACUUGACACAGGGACUCGUAGCAGAACCUCGGUUUAAUCUCUGACGUGAACAAUGCUCUUCCAACCGACGUGCGCAGCAGCGCUGGCCCUGUGGUGUUGUCUCUGCGCGUCAACAGGCAGCAUUUCCUACCCAAAGACUCUGCCAUGUGAUGUUAGCGAGGCCAACAACGGGAGUAUGGUGAAAGUGGACUGCACUGACAGGAGCCUGAAGGAAAUCCCCCAGGGCAUCCCCAGGGACACCACCAAUCUGACGCUCACCAUCAACCACAUUCCCAACUUAAACUCCUCCUCCUUCCACGGUCUGAAGAACCUGACUGAGAUUGACAUGAGGUGCAACUGUGUGCCCAUCAAGAUCGGACCCAAAGACCGCAUGUGCACCAAGAGCGUGACGAUCGAGGAAAACACCUUUACCAGCAUGAGGGGUCUGCGCGCAUUGUAUCUGGAUGGCAAUCAGAUCUACACUAUACCCAAAGGCCUGCCGUCAAAUUUGAUCCUGUUGAGUUUGGAAGUGAAUCACAUUUAUACUAUUUCUAAAGCAAACCUCUCUGGGCUCAGAAAUGUCGAGAUGCUAUACCUUGGUCAAAACUGCUAUUAUCGUAACCCCUGUAACAUGUCCUAUGAAAUCGAGAAUGGCUCAUUUUCACAGCUUAACAAUUUGACUCUGUUAUCUCUCAAAUCAAACAACUUGUCUUUUAUCCCACAUCAUCUUCCCACAAGUCUGAAGGAGUUGUAUCUCUACAACAAUAAUAUUCAGGAGGUAACUGAUGAGGAUUUCAAAAACUUAACAAACCUUGAGAUUCUUGAUAUUAGUGGAAACUGUCCUCGGUGUUACAAUGCCCCUUUCCCUUGCAACCCAUGCCCACAUAAUUCACAACUAAAAAUCAGCAAAAACGCAUUUCAAAUGUUAACAAAACUCAAGACGCUCCGCCUGCACAGCAACUCUCUAACUCGUGUGCCAUAUGAGUGGUUUGCCAACACAACAGAACUGAAAGUGCUUGAUCUCUCGUCAAACUUUUUAGCAAGAGAGAUAGGAGUCACCCGCUUCCCAUCUUUUCUGGGCAAACUGGAAGAACUGGACCUUUCAUUUAACUAUGAGCUUCAGCGGUAUCCUCAAACACUGAGACUGAGUCAAACAUUCUCCUCCCUCAAAUCCCUCAAAAUUCUCAGACUCAAGGGUUAUGUGUUUCAGCAGCUAAAAGCAGCAAGUAUUGCUCCUUUAAUAUCUCUCGCAUACCUGGAAGUUGUAGAUCUUGGCACAAACUUCAUCAAAAUGACAAACUUUAGUAUUCUGAUGGAAUUAAAAAGCUUUAAAAUAAUAAGUCUGUCUGACAACAAAAUAACCAACCCCUCUGAUGGCCAAGACACUGUUGGUUUCACUGGAGGAGAGCCCUUGCACUGGUCUCCAAUGUCAGCUGCUGCUCAGUAUGAAAGUAAGGAAGUGAGAGAGAUUCAUUACUUCAGAUAUGAUGAAUAUGCACGCAGCUGCAAACACAAAGACAAAGAACUUGGAGUUGUCACAUCCUUCGUCAAAACAGAAUGCAGCCAGUUCGGCAAAACCCUGGAUGUGAGUCGAAACAACAUUUUCUUCUUGCAUUCGAAAUUUUUAAAUCUCGGAGAGCUUAGAUGCCUCAAUCUGUCUGGAAACGCAAUGAGCCAAAGUCUGAAUGGCUCUGAAUUUACCUUUCUGACUAACUUACAAUAUCUGGACUUCUCAAUGAAUCGCCUGGACCUGCUCUACUCCACUGCCUUUCAAGAGCUGAGAAGUCUGGUCGUCCUGGAUAUAAGUCACAACAACCAUUAUUUUGAAUCCGAGGGCUUGACUCACAUGCUUAAUUUCACCAGAAAUCUAAAGAAUCUCAAAACAUUGCUGAUGAAUCACAACAAGAUCUCCACUUCGACGAACACGGAGCUGGAGAGUCAAUCUCUCGAGAGGUUAGAGUUCAGGGAUAACCGGUUAGAUAUGUUGUGGAGAGAUGGGGACAACAGAUAUUUAAAUUACUUCAGGAAAUUACACAACCUGACUGUCCUCGACAUCUCUCAUAACAACUUAAAUUUCAUUCCAGACGACGUGUUCAGCAGUCUGCCAGACAAGCUGUCUGAGCUCUACAUCAAAAACAACAGACUAAAAUCCUUUGUUUGGGAGAAUCUACAACUUCUACGUUCUUUGCAAGUCUUAGAUCUCAGCGGAAACAGUUUAGAUACGGUUCCAGUGCUGUCACACUGCACCAAAUCCCUCAAGAAACUAAUUUUACAUAAAAACCAAAUCGUCAAACUUGCGCAAGAUUUCCUCAGAGAUGCUUCCAACUUAAAAUAUCUGGAUCUUAGUUUCAACCGCAUACAGCACAUUGAAAAAUCCAGCUUUCCGAAUGAUAUUGUUGAUCAGAUGGACAUGCUGCUCCUGCAUAACAACAGAUUCAUGUGCACCUGCAAUGCCACUUGGUUUGUGAAAUGGCUCAACGAGACCAGAGUGAUCAUCCCCCGGCUGGCCACAGACGUGACAUGUGCAGCACCGGGGGCACAAAGGGGUCACCCUGUAAUCUCGGUGGACCUGCUGGCCUGCCAGCACAACUACCUGUCAAUCAUUCUCUACACGCUCAUGACUUCCCUCAUCCUCAGCUUCCUCAUCCUGUUCAUCUCCAGUCAUCUCUUCCUGUGGGACGUCUGGUACAUAUACCAUUUCUGCAGGGCCAAGGUCAAAGGCUACAGCCGCUUGUACUCCCAGAGCUCUGUCUAUGAUGCCUUUGUCAUAUAUGAUAAGGAGGACCACGCCGUGUCAGAGUGGGUGCUGAAAGAAAUGUGCGUUCAUCUGGAGGCCCGCGGAGACCACUUGCUCACGCUGUGUUUGGAGGAACGGGACUGGUUACCCGGGUGUCCCCUGAUCGACAACCUCUGCCAGAGCAUCCACAGGAGCAAGAGGACCGUGUUCAUCCUCACCGACAAGUACAUCAAGAGCGGCAACUUCAAGACAGCGUUCUACAUGGCCCACCAGAGGCUGAUGGAUGAAAAAAAUGACGUCAUCGUACUGAUCUUCCUGGAGAAAGUACCGUGCAAUUCAAGGUACCUGAGACUGCGGAAGAGACUGUACAAGCGGUCUGUGCUGGAGUGGCCAACUAACGCUCAGGCCCAGCCCUACUUCUGGUUCAGCCUGAGAAGUGUGUUAGCAACUGAAAGUCACAAACAAUACAACAACCUCUUCAAAGAGACACUCUAAAUAUCACAAUGCACCGUGACACUUCAUGAAUUUCAGACUGUUCCACAUUUACUUCUGCGUUUGAGUUACAAAGCGAGAAAAUCCCACCAAUGAAACAUUAACCUAACAUGAAUAGGGAAAUGAAACUGAUGAGCUUCUUCCUUUCACCGGCUACUUCUGCCUGAGUCUUUCUUGUUGUUUCAACCGGCCAAUUUGUUGCUUUUGUUUGACUUGAACAACAGGGCUUUUUCUUUUUUGAGUUAAAAAAACCUAAUUAUAUUGGAAAUGAGGAAGCUGCUAAUUUUCAUGUGAUGAUUUGAUGGAACAGAAGGCAGGCAUCGUUCUUGCAGAUAGUUCAUUUUAAGUUUUUACUGAAAGUGCCCAUUAGUUUCACGGUUGUCAUUCAAGGAUCGAUACAAUACAUACACAAUGGUGAGUUUUAUCAGUACAGUACUUUUUUAAGUGUUGCUCUUUGUGUAGCAGUGGACAGAUUUAUUUUUUGAUUUUAAUAGAUACGAGUAACCUGCAUGUGUUUUAAUUGGAUGUUUCUGUAAUGUUAUUUUUACUUGGACUUGCAUGAAUUGAUUCGACUGCAGAAAUUUUGGUCUGUUCAUUUUAUCAAUUGAGAACCGAUUUGUAUUUUUGAUUAAUGAGUGUUGUACAGUAAAUACAGCUAUUUAAAGUUUCCGCACAAUUGUGUUUGGGGAGAGAAAAAAAAUAAACCAUAUCAAGUUGAUUCAUUUC